AUGGCGCUGCUGGAGCAACAGCUGCGUGCGCUGCGUAAGGUCGUGACGCCAGAAACCCGCAUUAUCGCGGAUCCUCGGCCCGACCACCACGACGCUGGCGUGGAAAAAGCGCGCCUGAUCAACUGUACGUUCAGCGCGCCUGAACUGGCCGACGCGCCAGAGACCCUGAGCUGGAAGCUGGAAGGGACCGACUGGACCAUCCACAACCAUGCAAACGUGUUCUCCCGCACCGGGCUGGAUAUCGGCGCGCGUUUCUUUAUGGAACAUCUGCCGGAAAAUCUGGAAGGUGAGAUUGUCGAUCUGGGCUGCGGCAACGGUGUGAUUGGCCUGACGCUGCUGGCGAAGAACCCGGACGCCAGCGUGUGUGUUCAGCGACGAGUCGCCGAUGGCGGUGGCCUCCAGUCGUCUGAACGUGGAAACCAACAUGCCGGAAGCGCUGGACCGCUGCGAGUUUAUGAUCAACAACGCGCUGUCGGGCGUAGAGCCGUUCCGCUUCAACGCCGUGUUCACAGCAACCCGCCGUUCCACCAGAAGCACGCCCUGACGGAUAACGUUGCGUGGGGAGAUGUUCCACCACGCGCGCCGCUGCCUGAAAAUCAACGGCGAGUUGCUGUACAUCGUGGCGAACCGCCACCGGACUACUUCCACAAGCUGAAGAAGAUUUUCGGAAACUGCGUCACCGUUGCGACCAACAACAAGUUUGUGGUGCUGAAGGCGGUGAAGCUGGGGCGUCGUCGUUAA